AUGACCAAUGGCCUGUCUGUAGGCUUUCCAGGCUUGUCGUACCUCAAACGGCUGAUAGGCUUACUCAGUCGUUUAGUAGAAGAAACACUGGUAGAGUCAACUUCCUCAUCAGACACACUAGAUGUUGGGACGUCUCCCGCUUCCAGCCCUGUUACCGUCACAGGGUCCUCUGAUGAAAAUAUAACACCACUGGUGUCCUUUUCUACAGCUGCAUCAUGGUCAAGCAACAAAUCUUCAUUGUAUUACACGACUGAUCCAACAGGAUCUUUUUCAGAGAUGACAUCCUGGGGCUUCGGUUUUGUUACGUUAGAGUCCAGCGCGGAUACGGAGCGGGCCAGGGAGAAGCUCCAUGGCACGUUGGUGGAAGAACGUAAAAUCGAGGUUAUUAAUGCCACAGCCAGAGUGAUGACAAACAAGAAAAUGACUACACCGUACUCUAAUGGAAAGGGACUUGCAGCCCUACCAUAUGCUGGUUGGAAGUUAAGUCCUAUGGUCGGAGCUAUGUACAGUCCUGAGCUUUAUACAGUUCCAGGGUUCCAGUACCCGGCGGCAGCCGCAGCAGCAGCCGCCGCUUCCACCGUGGCAAUAUUUCGAGGAACACAUCUGCGGGGUCAAGCUCGGCCCGUCUACAGCGCAGUCAGGGCUGCUGUCCCGCAGCCUGCCAUCCCUGCAUACCCUGGUGUGAUGGCCUAUCAGGAUGGUUUUUACGGUGCAGCUGACCUCUAUGGCGGCUAUGCAGCGUAUCGUUACGCCCAGCCUACAGCCGUAGCGACAAGUCUGAUGGCUCCGCUCAGAUUGACGGGCAGUCUGAAACGCCAAAGGGACGCCCAAACGUCUCAAUGUAUCUAA